AAAAGAAUAAAGAGAGAAAGAGGGCUGGAUCGAGGGAUAAGGGUCCGCCCGCCCCUCUCUCCCUCGGUCUCGGUCUCGGUCUCCCUGGCUGCCGGAAAUAGAUGUAGGAACUAGAGAGCCUUCACAUCCGCCGCUCAUCGCGCAGGUUUUGCUUUAAUUUUGUAGGCUUGCUGCGCAAAUAAUUCAUUCAUCGUGUAUUUUGCCCAAAAUUCUUACUUAUUAUGUUAAAAGCGUCAAUCAAUAGUCACAGAAGAGCCCUCUGAAAGGAUUGGAUCUGCCGAGGUUAAACUUGCAAAUUGGUGAUUAAGGGCAAUUGUAGUGCUGGUUUAUCCAUGGAUGAGUUGAACCAAUGUUCAAGCAAUGAUGAUCGGAGCAGCAGCAAAGAAGCUAAGGCGGUGGUGAUGGUGCCAUUUCCAUGCCAGAGCCACCUCAACCAACUACUCCAGCUCGCAUGCCUAAUCUCAUCCUACAGAAACAAUUAUAAUGGUGCCAUGCUGCUGCAAGUCCAUUAUGCUUGCGCAGCCACCCACAUCCACCAGGCCAAGCUACGGUUCAAUGACCAAAGCCUUCUCCAAGCCGCCAAUAUCCACUUCCAUGAGCUGCGUACCCCUGUUUUUCUCAACCCCUCUCCCGACCCAAAUGCCUCUGGCGCGGCCACCAAGUUCCCCGCACACCUCCAGCCAUCCUUCGAUUCCUCUCUGCAUCUCCGCCAGCCCUUGGCUGCGCUGUUGCAGAAAAUCUCCACCACAGCCCGAAGAGUUAUUGUUGUCCACGACGCUCUCAUGGCUUAUGCUGUCCAAGAUAUUGCUACUAUACCAACUGCAGAAUCCUAUGGCUUUAAUCCCACUAGCUCUUUCAGUUCCCUUUUUGAUGGAUGGCAGCUGAUGGGAAAAUCUUUCCAGAUAGAAGAGCCAGAAGGGUUGCCAUCUUUAGACGGGUGCUACACCUCCGAGAUCCUAAAUUUCAUAGCUCUUCACUCUCCGUUGUUGAAAUUUAGAGCUGGGACCAUCUGUAACACUUGUAGAACCAUCGAGGGUACUUACCUCGAUUUCCAGAGAAAUCAACACAGUAACAAGCAGCUUUGGGCAAUUGGGCCCUUGAAUUUAGCACUGGUAAAGGAUUAUGAUCAGAGCAGAAGGUUGAUCAAUAGCCAACAUAAAUGCCUGGAGUGGCUUGACAAGCAGGCUACGAACUCGGUGCUCUAUGUUUCUUUUGGAACGACGACUUCAUUGACAAAUGAAGAGAUCAAAGAACUAGCAGUUGGGUUGGAGGAAAGUAAGCAAAAGUUCAUUUGGGUGUUGAGAGACGCAGAUAAAGGGGACAUAUUCGAAGGAGAUAUUAAUGGUGAAGGUGGAUCAGCUCAACUGCUGCCAGAAGGGUACGAAGAAAGGAUAAAAGAAGUUGGAAUGGUGGUGAGGGAUUGGGCACCUCAACUGGAAAUUCUAGGGCAUGAGUCAACAGGCGGAUUCAUGAGCCACUGCGGAUGGAAUUCGUGUAUGGAGAGUAUGAGCAUGGGAGUGCCGAUUGCCGCCUGGCCGAUGCAUUCCGAUCAGCCCAAGAAUGCUUUCCUUGUAACACAACUACUGAAGGUUGGGGUAGCAGUGAAGCAGUGGCCUUUACAACCAGACAAGGACGAGAUUGUGAGUUCUUCCACCAUUUCAGAAGCUGUCAAGAGGUUAAUGGCUUCAAAACAAGGGGAAGAGAUGAGGAAGAGGGCGGAGAAAUUGCGUGCUUCCAUUCGGCAGUCAGUGAUGGAAGGAGGCGCUUCACGCUUGGAAUUGGAUUCCUUUAUUGCUCAUAUAACCAGUAAGCUCUAUACAAAUGUCCCAACAAAGAUAAGAAGGGAAUUGCAUGACAAGUCGAUGGUUGGGGCACUGACAAGAAACUCCAUGUCGAGUUGAAUGUACACAGAGAGAGAGAGAUAGUGGACUUAACUGCAUAUGCAAAGUUGGCAAUGCAACGGGUAUCAUGGUCAGAGAUAACACACUUUGUCCCAUCACCUUCACUAAUUGGAGGUGUCUAGAACUACAUCCUUACAAGGUCCAAAUGUGACAAGAAAUCAUUGUAAACAAACAUUUCCCUGACAGUGGUCAAUGUUCUGAUAUUACUUGUUUGUA